CGGGAGCCAGUACAGUGGUCUGGGACAUCGGCUUCAUGCCCGUGGUCGCCGGAGAACAGGCGGGUUUCCGCAGGUGCCGGGAUAGCGGUUUGGUUUUCUCCAGCUAGCGAGACUGCAGGCUGGUUUCUGCAGGGGCUGGAAUAGGGAGCUGCGUUUCUCCCGCAAUCGGGAUAGCGGGCUCUGUCUCCACGAUGGCAUUAUGAGCUGGCUUCCGAGUUUCUGUGGAAAUAGUCGGAAUAUCAGCGUCUGUGAACGGGCGUUCGUUCCCGGGAGCUGCCCGCAGGACAGAGUUGUGGGUCCGAGCCCCCGCCCGGGCUGGGGGAGAGGGCAGAGCCAUGGAACCCGAGCUGAAUGAGACUGUCCCCGGUACCAAUGAGACCCUGGUCAACGUGUUCGUCCAGCCCACAUGGCAAGUGUGCCUUUGGGCAAUCGCCUACUCGGUCAUCGUGCUGACCGCGGUGUGCGGCAAUGUGGUCGUCGUGUGGAUCAUUCUGGCGCACCGGCCGAUGCGAACUGUCACCAACUACUUUCUGGUCAACCUGGCGGCAGCGGACGCUUCCAUGGCUGCCUUCAACACCGCUUUCAACUUCAUCUACGCCGUUCACAAUGACUGGUACUUCGGUCUGCACUACUGCCGCUUCCAGAACUUUCUGCCCAUCACAGCCGUCUUCGCCAGCAUUUACUCAAUGACUGCCAUUGCCUUGGACAGGUACAUUGCCAUCAUCUACCCCCUGAAGCCGAGACUUUCAUCCAGCUCAACGAAGAUAGUGAUUGUCGUCAUUUGGCUCCUGGCUCUGGCCCUAGCAUUCCCACAGUGUUUCUAUGCUCAGUUAGAGUACUUGGGCAACAGAGUCAUCUGUAUAGUGGACUGGCCUGGAGACAUUGGAGGACAACAUCAACUGGCGUACCAGCUGGUGGUGAUAGCUUUGAUUUACCUGAUGCCAUUAACAGUGAUGGGAGUCACCUACACAAAGGUGGGAUUAACACUAUGGGCCAGUGAAAUACCUGGAGACUCAACAGAGAGGUAUCAUGAGCAGCUGAAAGCAAAACGAAAGGUUGUAAAGAUGAUGAUUGUCGUGGUUUUGACCUUUGCAGUUUGCUGGCUGCCCUACCACUUGUACUUCAUCCUGGGGAGUUUUAACAAAGACAUCUACUUUACAACAUAUAUCCAGCAAGUGUACCUGGGGAUAUUCUGGCUUGCCAUGAGCUCCACCAUGUACAACCCCAUCAUUUACUGCUGCUUAAACAACCGAUUUCGCAUCGGAUUCAAGAGAGCUUUCCAGUGUUGUCCUUUUGUACAAUUCAGUAGACACGAUCACCAGGAGCUAACAAAAACAAUGAGCUACCGAAUGACUCGAAGCAGCACUUACACCACCAGCAAAAUGGAGACAAUGGUCACCAGUCACAGCAGUACAAAUUGUGAUGAAACAGAGGAGACAAAGGGGGAACUCUUCAGCUUUGGAACUCAUCUUUAAUCGAUGCUUUGCCCCCACAGGGUUGAUGGCCUCUUCAAGAAGGUUAUGAAACAUGACUCCCAUGUGGGUCCAUCUUCAUCACAAAUAUGGACAACCAAAUACAAUCCCAGGAUCUCAAUUCUCCAAUUCUGAUUCUGCUUUCUUAUCACGGGUCCUGACACUCAGUUGUAAAUCCUGAAUUGUUGGAUCUUGGUCCCCUCCUCCUUCAGACUGGUUCCAAAUACUUUUCUCUUUGUUCUCAAUUCUCUCACUCCAACUCAUGAUUUCCAAUCCUGGUUUGCAGUAGUUUGGUUUCCAUCCAAAAUUGAUUGUACACUAAGAAGGAAGGGUUCCAUGAGCUUUCAACAGAGCUUUGGCGAACCAGCAAUUGACAGCAAGGUUUCUGAUCCUGGAUCUGAUCUCUCUGAUCCUGCUUCUUGAUGUGAAGAUCCUGGAUUCUGAAGCAUCCCCAUUCUCAUUGCUGACUCCGUGAUCAUCGCUCCUGAACUUCACUCAUAAUUUGCCAAAAGCAAAAAUAAGGAGGGUUAUGGGCUGAGUGCGGGUAGGUGGGACUAGGUGAGAUUAAGGGUUCGGCACGGACUAGGAGGGCCAAGAUGGCCUGUUUCCGUGCUGUGAUUGUUAUAUGGUUAUAUAUGGUUAAGACUGCAUAUUGUGGAAAUCUGACAAAUGCAAAAAUCUGACAAUUAUGCAGCAGAGAGAAAAUCUGUCAACAUUUCAGGUCAACAAUCCCUCAUCAGACCGAGGAAUGGAAAUGGAAGAUGUCUUAAUUUGCAUCAAAAGGGAGAUGAAGAGACCAAGGAGAAUGGGGAUGGUAAUGUGGAGAUCAUGUGAGGCUAGGUGAGAGAAGUGGUGCUUCUGCCAGCAGUGAGAGAAGCUGGUGAAGGUUACUGACAGAGAGAUAAAUUGGAGACAAUUGAAAUCUGAGCAGGAAAGAAAAAAGGACAAUGAAGAACAAAGCUGGAACUGUCAUCUACAUACCAGAGAAGCAUCAACCUGUAGAUAUUGGAAACAUGAAAUAUAAAGAAUUAAUGCUGGUUACUUUUAGUAUAAACUGGAAAGGGUUGUUCUGUGAAAUUGUUGUAUUCAGUGUUGUAUUUAGUCCUGAAUCUCAAAGUCAACAAUGUUCCUAGUCAGAAGAUGAAGUCCUGUUCCUUAAGAUAAUGUUG